AUGGCCGAGAUAGAAGAAACAAAAACCCAGCGUGCUGCUCGCCUACGGCGAGAGAAACGAGCGGCAAAGAUAGCGGCCACAGGAACUGCGCGACUGGACAAAAUAACGGGUUUAAGUGGCCGCUCCAUGUCAUUUCGCGAGGAUUCUCCAUCAGCUAGAAAUACUCCUAGUCCUCCACGAUAUUCAUCACCACCGGCACAAUCACCACCACGACAACAGCAACCACCAGGACCUCCUCAGGGAGUAGGGAUGCCUUCGAACGCGGGAGAGAGCUCUCCCCAGUCUAUAAAAGAGCAAGAAGAAUACAUACGUGCCCUCCUUCGCUCCCAACAAACUCCUCCUUCCGCCCAAGAUAACACGGACCCCACAACCAAACUACUCAGCAGUCUACUUGGUAUGCCUCCUUCUGGGGCUGGUAUGACUACUCCAGGCGGGACUCCCUCCUUUCCGACCACCGCAGGUGAUACUCCAGAACUCUCUCCCAACGACAUUGCGUCUGCUUUAGGUGUCCCUCCUUCCAUGGCCAGCUUCUUCCUGCAAGCCAACUCUGCGCCCGCCUCCCCGUCUGCGCAACGGAACAAUUCUAUAUGGAAGGCUAUUCACAUCAUAUUUGCGACAGCUACCAGUUUAUAUUUUUUGAUGCUCCUGCAAUCGACCGUUUCUCUUUAUGGCGGAGGCGAUCGACUGCCACCUCCGGCAACUGCGCAGAACCCGUUCCUUAUUUUGGUUAUGGGUGAGCUCCUCCUUACUGGCACGCGGGUGAUUUUUAUGAAUAAUGAAGGAAAUGGAGCGGGUAACGGUAUUAUCGGGGCGCUCAAGACGGGUAAACGAGUGCUCUCCGAUGUAAUUCGGGAUGGGAAAAUAAUGAUAUUUGUGCUGGGGAUAGGGUCCUUGUGGAUGAAUAACUGGGGGAAGAUUAAAACAGAAUAA